UUAAAAAAAAUAUAAAUCAAAGUUUCUAGGUCCACAUACUUCCUGUGUGCUUACAGGGUUUGAAGGUGUGUGUGGCCUUCUGAGUGUGUGUUUGCAUGUUUGUGGAGAGCACCUGUCUGUGUUUUUAAUAGUCUGAGUGGCAGCCUGGAUGUCCGUCCUCUGUGUGUCUGUGUGCUUUGAGUUCCCAUUUGUCGUUUGCCCACGCAGAAAUGUCAAAUCAACGAGAGUCAAGUAAAAAUAUGAGUUAUUUUACACUCGUGAGAUGAAGUGAUGGAGAGGAAAUGGAACAAUGGGAGAAAGAAAGAAAGGAAAAGAGGAAGGGGAAGGAAAAAGGGGGCAGGAAUGAGAGAAAUGAAAGUUUAAAGUAAGGAAGGAAGGGAGUGAGUGAGGGAAGAAGGAGAAGAAUGGGUGCAGUAAACUCCCCAAAACCAUAAAAAUGAAUCAAACUACAUCAAAUGAAGCAGAGGAGCCAAACUCUUUAUCUGGCAUGGCUUUAUUUGAGCCAAUCAAUGAUUCAAACACCGAGCUUUGAUACAAGCUGUACCCUCCUCCAACCACUGGGGACGGGCCAACACAGAGAGGGAGGGAGGGAGACUGCGGACUGAGCUGGAAUAGGUGCCUGGUGGAGCGACGCGGAGAGAGGGAGAGGACAGAAACCUCGACGCUGCGCUCUCCUGGAUAACCAACUCCCCUUCCUCUCUUUCUUCUGUAGUUUGCAGCACAUCUCCCUCACUUCUCCCUCCAAAUGCUUCUCUCCUCCAGAAGCUAACUGUCUUCACGCUGAUUAAUUCCUUAAACUUUUUAUUCUCGGACCGGAUCGAGGGCAACAGGUGGAGAUGAUGGCGAGCGGAUCAGCGCCGCUCGGUGCCGCUGCGCUCUGCCCGGCUCGGUGCGUCCAGACGCGGGUCGCGCUGCUGCUGUGGUCGCUUCUGCUGACCUGCUGCCACUUCGUGUCGGCGCAGGAGCUGCCGACCAACGGGGUGAACGGAUACAGCCUCCACCCGCCUUACUUUAACCUGGCAGAGGGCACAAAGAUCACCGCUACGGCGACCUGCGGGGAGGAAGAGACCGGCAGGACCGUGCACGACCUGUACUGCAAGCUGGUCGGAGGCCCGGUGUCCGGGGACCCGAGCCAGACCAUCCAGGGCCAGUACUGCGACAUCUGCAUGCAGGGGGACAGUGAUCGCGCCCAUCCCAUCACCAACGCCAUCGACGGCACGGAGCGAUGGUGGCAGAGCCCGCCUCUGUCCCGCAACACCGAGUACAACGAGGUGAACGUCACCCUGGACCUCGGACAGCUCUUCCACGUCGCCUACGUCUUGAUCAAGUUUGCAAACUCUCCCCGUCCGGACCUCUGGGUUCUGGAGAGAUCCAUCGACCAUGGGCAGACCUACCAACCCUGGCAGUACUUUGCCUCCUCGAAGAGAGACUGCAUCGAGCGUUUUGGACAGAGGACCAUCGAGAGGAUCAACAGCGACAACGACGUCAUCUGCACCACCGAAUACUCACGGAUCGUCCCGCUGGAAAACGGAGAGAUCGUGGUGUCUCUGGUGAAUGGUCGGCCCGGAGCGAUGAACUUCUCCUACUCACCGGUACUGAGGGACUUCACCAAGGCCACCAACAUCAGGCUCCGCUUCCUGAGAACCAACACACUGCUGGGACACCUGAUGGGCAAGGCGCUCCGCGACCCCACGGUCACCCGCAGGUAUUACUACAGUAUCAAAGACAUCAGUAUCGGAGGACGCUGUGUGUGUAACGGACACGCUGAGGCCUGCAACGCCGAGGACCCCAACGACCCCUACAAGUUACAGUGCGACUGUCAGCACAACACCUGCGGCGUGUCCUGUGACCAGUGUUGCCCCGGAUACAACCAGCUACCAUGGAAACCCGCCACGACCUACAGCGCCAACGAAUGUGAACAGUGUAACUGUCACCGCCACUCGUUCGACUGUUACUACGACCCCGAGGUGGAUCAGAGGAGAGGAAGUCUGGACGCGCACGGACACUACAGAGGAGGAGGAGUCUGCCUCAACUGUCAGCAUCACACCACCGGAGUCAACUGUGAGCGCUGCAUCCCGACAUACUACAGGUCACCUGACCACCCCAUCGAGUCCCCGCUGGCCUGCUCACGCUGCAACUGUCAGUCAGAGUUCACAGACGGGACCUGCGAGGAUCUGACCGGCCGCUGUUUCUGCAAACCCAACUACACCGGGGAGAAGUGCGACUCCUGCGCCAGCGGCUUCAUCAACUUCCCCGAUUGUUACCCCAUCCCCACCUAUCCCACCAACAACAACGGAGAAGCUAAACCAGCCGGAGAGAUCAUCAACUGUGAGUGCAGCGCAGCCGGCACCGUGGAUAACUCGUGCAGGCCGGAUCCACGAACUCGGACCUGUGUCUGUAAACCCGGAUUCACCGGAGACCACUGUGACACCUGCGCUCCGGGUUUCCACGGACUCAACUGUCAGGCUUGUCAGUGUUCCGGUCCCGGCUGUCUGGACGGGUCAUGCAACUUGGUGACCGGUCACGCCGUGUGCCGGAGCGGUUUCCAAGGUUACGACUGCGACCAGUGCGCCCCGGGCUACUUCAACUACCCGCUCUGCCAACUCUGUGGUUGCAGUCCAGUCGGCUCUCUGCCUGAAGGCUGCGAUGCGUCUGGUCGUUGUCUUUGUAAACCAGAGUUUCAGGGUCCUCGAUGUGAACAGUGCAGAUCUGGAUUUCACUCCUACCCUAACUGUCAAGUGUGCACCUGCGAUCCUCGCACCUCAUUGGGCACCAGCUGCACCGCGUCCGGUCACUGCCACUGCCAGCCCAAUUACAGCGGAGCGUCAUGUGACCAGUGCGCUCCCGGUUACUAUGGUUUCCCAAGCUGCACGCCCUGUCAGUGUUCUGCCGAGGGCUCCCGCUACAGCAGCUGUGACCAGGUGAGCGGACAGUGUGCGUGUCUGCCCAACGUGGUGGGACUCAGGUGUGACAGCUGUGCACAUGGCUCCUACGGCUUCCCCAGCUGCCAAGCUGGUACCUGCCAUCCCGUCGGCUCUGUUCAGUACGUGGUGCCGCCACCUGUGGGCCAGUGUGAGUGCCGUCUCCAUGUGGAGGGCCCGGCCUGUGACAGAUGUAAACCUCUGUACUGGAACCUCUCCCCUGACACUCCUGAUGGAUGCUCCAACUGUGAGUGUAACGUUGCAGGGACUGUCAGCGGCGUCGCAGAGUGCGCACAGGAAACUGGUCAGUGUCACUGCAAGCCAAACGCCUGCAGUGGAACCUGCUCCACGUGUAAAGACGGUUACUACAACCUGCAGGAGCAGAACUACUUCGGCUGCCAGGGUUGCCAGUGUGACAUCGGAGGCUCAGCCGGUCAGUCCUGUGGAGAGAGGAACGGCCGUUGUCGCUGCAGACCCAACGUGGAGGGACCGAAGUGCAAUGUGCCUCGUCCGGAUCAUUACUUCCCAGACCUCCAUCACCUGAAGUUUGAGAUCGAGGAGGGAACCAUGCUGGACGGCCGAUCGGUCCGCUUCGGCUACAACCAGCUGGAGUUCCCGAACUUCAGCUGGAGAGGUUACGCUCAGAUGUCUCCCAUCCAGUCCAAGGUGUUGGUGUCGGUGUCAGUCAGUUCUCCGGACCUCUUCCAUGUGGUGCUACGCUACGCUAACUGGAGGGGUUCAGAUGUUCUGGGCAGGGUGUCGGUCAUGGAGGACGGCUGGAACUACUACUGUGGUAACUGUUCAGAGCAGUCCAAACAGAUUGUCUUUGCACCGAGCGUGGAGCCGACUUUUGUCAACGUCCCCCAGAACAACUUUGUGGAGCCGUUUGUCCUGAACCCGGGAACCUGGACUGUGGUCAUCGAGGCUGAAGGCAUCCUGCUGGAUUACCUCGUCCUGCUGCCCAGCGCCUACUACGAAGCUCCCAUCCUGCAGAUCAAAGUUACAGAGCCGUGCACCUACAGCUCUGCGCCGGACGCCAGCCAGAACUGUCUGCUGUACAGGUAUCUGUCUCUGGACUCGUUCCCCUCCAUCUCCGGCAACGACGCCAGCUGCGUCAACGACAACCACCUGCCGCGCCCAUGCCCGAGCGAGAAGGUCACCCCACGACACCCCGACAUGGCCGUCUGCAGCGGCUACGAUAUCAGCGUCUCGCUGCGAGGACGUCUGCCGUCUGCGGGCGAUUAUGUGCUCGUCGUGGAAUAUUCCAGCGAGGAAGAACUUCCACAAACUCUGUCUGUGUCUGUAAACAUGCCGGGAGCUCGGACACACCAGCACCGCGUCACGCUGCUGCACUGCCAGUACAGCUUCCUGUGUCGAGUCGUGGCCGUCGAUGACCAGAGCAGAGUGGCUGUCAUCUCUCUUCCCGCCAACGCAGAGAUCCAGCUCAUCUCCGACCGCGCCAGCUUCUUCCUGCACAAAGUCUACCUGAUCCCUAAAGACCAGUUCACCAUGGAGCACGUUGAACCUAAAGUCCACUGCAUCAGCACUCAUGGACAGUUCUCACCUGACAGCUCCUCCUGCGUCCCCUCACGUUUCCAGACUCCGUCAGACUCUCUGGUCGUGAAGGAGGGACAGAGCUCCUCCGUGCAGGAGCCCAUCCUGGCCUCCCCCGCAGCAGCUCCACCUCUGCAUUACCAGAGCGACGAGGCGGCCUGGACGGGAGGAGACAGGCCGCCACACGGAGCGGAUAACAGCGACCACGUCAGGCUGGACUCGCUGCAGAAUGCAGCUGUAUACUCGACCCGUGUCCAUGCUUUGGGCCGUUACGUCUUCAUCCUCCACUACCACCAGCCUCUCCACCCCACCUAUCCUGUGCAGGUCUACAUCAACGGUGGACGAAUCUGGCAGGGUCACGCCAACGCCUCCUUCUGUCCCCACGCUUACGGCUGCCGCAACGUCCUGGUGUCUGAGAAUCAGAUCAUUCUGGACGUGACAGACCACGAGGUCUUCCUCACAGUUCAAAUACCGGGCGGCAAGACGCUGUGGCUGGAUUAUGUGCUGGUUGUGCCUGAAGCCAGUUACAGCUCCAGUUACCUGAACGAGGAACCUCUGGAUAAAUCCUACGACUUCAUCAGCAGCUGUGGCCAAAACAGCUUCCACAUCAAUCCGUCCACCGCCUCCCCGUUCUGCCUCGGCUCGGCCGUCUCUCUGUCCGCCUUCUUCAACAACGGGGCGAUGCCCUGCGCCUGCCACGAGGUCGGAGCCGAGAGCGACACCUGCGAGCCGUUCGGCGGUCAGUGCCACUGCAGGCCCAACGUGAUUGGCCGAGACUGCUCCAUGUGCGCCACGGGCUACUGGGGAUUCCCCAACUGCAGACCCUGUAACUGCGGGACGAGGUUGUGCGAGCCGGUGACCGGCGACUGUAUCUGCCCUCCGAGGACUCUGCAGCCAGAGUGCAUCACGUGUGAGCCCCAGACGUUCGGCUGCCACCCGGUGGUCGGGUGUGAGGUCUGCAACUGCUCUCGUCCCGGCGUCGUCUCCCCCGACGUGAACUGCGACACACUCAGCGGACAGUGCAGAUGUAAGAACAACAUCGUCGGCCGCCAGUGUGACCGCUGCGCUCCUGGUUUCUACGGUUACCCCAACUGCAGGCCAUGUGACUGCAACGAGGCGGGAACCGAAGAGGAAGUGUGUGACUCCUUCACGGGACAGUGUCUCUGCAAGGAGAACGUCCAGGGCUCCCGAUGCGAUCAGUGCAGAGUUGGUACGUUCCACCUGGACCCGACCAACCCGAAGGGCUGCACCAGCUGCUUCUGCUUUGGAGCCACCGACCGCUGCCGCAGCUCUGAAAAGAGACGCAUCGAGAUCAUGAACAUGGAGGGCUGGGUGCUGCUCGGAGCAGACAAACAGGAAGUGCCGGUCACAGUGUAUCCCGGUCAGGAUCUCACAGAGGCCGAUCUCAGCGACGUGCCGGACGUCUACCAGGACCUCCACUGGCACGCAGCGAAGACUUACCUGGGAGACAAGGUCUCAUCCUAUGGAGGUUACCUCAGGUAUCGUCUCCACACUCAGACCAUGAGAGGCGAUGUGUUGUCUCUGCCUGCAGAAGCCUCGAGGCCUGACAUCAUCCUGAAGGGAAACCAGAUGACCCUGGUGUUCAUGGAGAGAGAGUACUCCUCACCUGAAGAGCCUCACCUGGGAAUAGUUCACAUGGUCGAGGGAAGCUUCCGGCACGCUCAGACCGGUAACGUGGUGUCUCGUGAGGAGCUGAUGAUGGUUCUGGUCGCCCUGGAGUCUCUGCAGAUCCGAGCCCUGCACUCUCAGUCGGCCCACUCCGUGUCACUCCGCGGCGCCGUGCUGGAGGGCGCCAAGACUCUGCCUUCUGGUCGCCACGCCAACAACGUGGAGAUCUGCAUGUGUCCCGCCAACUACCAGGGAGACUCGUGUCAGAAAUGUGCUCCAGGUUACUACAGAGACACCAUCGGCCUGUUUCUGGGGAAAUGUGUUCCCUGUAACUGUAACGGACACUCUGAUCAGUGUCUGGACGGAUCAGGAGUCUGUUUGGACUGUCAGCAUAACACUGCCGGUGACCACUGUGAGAAGUGCCAAGGCGGUUUCCUCGGCAACAACAGCCUUGACGGACAGGCGGUGUCCUGCUCCAGCUGUCCCUGCCCACUGAGGGUCGCAUCCAACAAUUUUGCAGAGCGCUGUGUGCAGAAAAGUGAGAGGAUGCAGUGUCUGUGUAUGCCGGGUUACGCUGGGCCGCACUGUGAAAGGUGCGCCCCCGGUUACUACGGCAACCCCAUGGUGCUCGGCAGCAGGUGCCAGCUGUGCGACUGUAACGACAACACGGACCCCAACAUGCUGUUCACCGACUGUCACCCGCUGACCGGCGAGUGUCUGAGCUGCAUGCACAACACGGCCGGGCCUCACUGCGACAUCUGCGCCCCCGGUUACUACGGCGACGCCAUCCACGCCAAAAACUGCACCAAGUGUGACUGUUCUCCGUGUGGCACCGACUCAUGUGACCCUCACACUGGACAGUGCCGCUGUAAAACGGGAGUCACCGGACCUCGAUGUGAACGCUGUGUGGACGGCUCCUUUGGCUUCGACUUGUGUAACGGCUGUCGUCAGUGCGACUGCGAAGCCUCUGCGGCUCUCGUGCAGCCGUGUGACCCUCAGAGCGGUCAGUGCGCCUGCCAGCCCGGAGUCAACGGGCCGAACUGCAAACAGUGUGCUCCGGGAUUCUGGGACUACGGACCCAACGGGUGCAAGAAGUGUGACUGCAGAGGAGGUCGCUGUGACCCUCGCACGGGAGAGUGCCGCUGUCCUGACGGCAUGACGGGGAAACAGUGCGACACCUGCUCAAACAAAUUCAGCGUACCUGUCAACAGCGAGCACGGCAUGCACUGCGAAGUGUGUGACAGCUGCGUCAUCGUCCUGUUGGAAGAUCUCGACAAAAUGAGCAACAACCUGAGCGCGGUCGCCGGUCAGCUGAGCAGCCUCAACGCCAGCUCUGUGGUCUGGGCUCAGCUCAACAACCUGAACAAAUCUAUGGAGGUCGUCGCUCGGGCCAUAGAGAAGUACAACAGUACGCUGGACGACAGCAGGAUUCGGGCCGACAUGCUGGACGCUGAGAUCGUGAAUAUCAAAGAUGACCUCAAUGAUCUGGAGGACAAGGCGUCAGCGGUGACCGACAGGGCCGGCGACCUGCAGAAUGACACCGAGAACACACACCAGAGGGCGGAAGACCUGCUGUCCUUCAUCAACAACGUCACCAUGGAUAUAGAGAAUAUCCUGCAGAUGGCGAACCGAUCCUCGCACAACGACACGGAGGCGGAGCCGGACCAUGAAAGCCGGGAGAAGAAGCUGAGGGAGGUGCAGGCCAUGCUGAGGGAGAUGAGGUACAGGAGCUGCGUGGGACAGAAGAAAGUGGCCGACAAGGAGAAGACGGAGGCGGAGAAAUUGCUGGAUCGCGUGAACAAGCAGCUCGCCGAUCGUCUGGGAGAAAACAACGACUUGGCCAAAGCCAUCAAAGACCGUCUGAACCGCUUCCACUCGGAAAUGAUGGAUCUCCGAGACGCCCUGAACGAGGCCGUGAACAACACGGCCCGAGCCGCAGAGAUCAACAACGUGAACGAGAAGACACUGGAGGACAACAAGAGGAGGAUAGAAGAGCUGCUGUCGAAGCAGACGGAGGUGAACGAACAGCUGCAGAUGGCUGAAGAUGACGUAGCUCAGGUCAACGACAUGCUGUCCAUGCUGCACGACUCCAAAGAGGAGUACGAGCGCUUGGCGGCCCAGCUGGACGGCGCCAGGACACCGCUGGCGAAGAAAGUGCAGAACUUCGCCUGGGUGGACUCCAAAAUUCCUCUGGUGGAGAAAGCAGAGAAACACGCAGAGCUGCUGAACGCUGUGUCCAUGAACCUGACCAGUUUGGUUGCAGACACCAGGAAGGAUGGAAUCGUGGACGUAACACAAGCGUACAACAAGAUCAUCAACAGCAUCAAGGCGGCAGAGGAGGCAGCCAAGACGGCCGAGAAGGCUGCAAACGACACCUGGGAGAACAUUAAGAACCAGGACCUCGGGCAGAUCGCAGACUCUCUGAAGAACCACAGUUUGGAGCUGAAGGAGGAAGUCGAAAAGUUAAACGAAGAACUCAACGACGACCUGAAGCCGCAGCUGGAAGACGCUAAGAAGCGACUGGAAGACGCCAAAACCAAACAGGCUGAUGUGAUGAAGAACCUGGAGAUGGUCCAGAACAACCUCAACUUCACCUCAAAUGUGAGUCAGGAGAUCACUGACGCGAAGAAUGCUGCGGAUCAGGCGAACACCACGGCCACACAGGUCAACGAUGCUCUGCGUCCCAUCAAAGAGCAGCUGGACAAAUGGCAGAAGACCUACGGAGACACUAACGCCACCACCGAUGACAUCAACAACGCCCUGAUGGACGCCAGCAAGACCGUGCACUCUCUGGGUGAGACGAUCCCCAUGCUCAUAAAGAAGCUGGAUAAACUGCAGAAUCACUCUGUGCAGAUGCCAAACAUCUCUGAGAACAUCAGCCGCAUCCGGCAGCUCAUACAGCAGGCGCGCAACGCUGCCAGCAAGGUUGGCGUCCCCGUGAAGUUUAACGGGGCGUCCGGCGUUCAGGUCCGUACUCCGAGUAACCUGGCCGACCUGGCCGCCUACACCUCCCUGAAGUUCUACAUCACUCUGCCGGAGACGGCACGAGCCAGGCGGCAGGACGACGUCACCAAACAGUUUGUCUUCUACCUCGGGAAUAAGGAUUCCAGUAAGGAGUUCCUGGGAAUGACGUUGGAGGGGAAGAGACUACGCUGGUACUUCAACGUCGGAGGAGACACUGCUGAUGUGCAGAUGUCUGAAGAUGUCGUGUCUAAUGGAAAGUUCAACAGCAUCUGGCUGGAGAGGAUCCUUCAGUACGGUCAGAUGUCCAUGUCUUCAGAAGCCAGCGAUGGGCACCAAAGAGUCAUCAAAGCCUACGUGGAGGCUGCUGGAGAUGAGGGGCUGCUCAACCUUUUGACCAACGACACCGUCUUCUACGUGGGAGGAUACCCGAGCACUUUCAAACCGCCUUCACCGCUCGCUCUGCCGAACUUCAAGGGCUGCAUCGAGUUGGAUUCGCUCAACGAGGAGGUGCUCAGUCUGUACAACUUCGAAAAGACCUUCCUCCUCAACACCACGGAGGAGAAACCCUGUGGCAGGCCCAAGGCCACGCUGACUCAGACCUGGGUCACUGACGCAGCGUAUUUCGACGGCACCGGCUUCGCUGAGAUCACCUUCGGCGACGCAACGGCUCGCGUGCAGCGCUUUGAACAGGAAGUCAAAGUGCUGUCGCACAGCGGGAUACUGCUCAUGCUGCAAAACGGGAAUCAGUUCCUGUGCAUGGCGGUGCUUCAGGGCAAGCUGAAGGUUUUCCACGAUUUCAGUGGUAACUUAGUGGAGCUCGAGCCUAAAGAGCCUUCGUCUGAAUUCCUGAAGAUCAGCGACGCUGAAGCCAAAAAUCUGGAGAUCAUCAUCAUGCGUUCACCCAGUAACCGUGUCGUGGUGAGGAACAACCGCAUCAACCUCUACACCAACUCGUUCACAGAAGACAUCCCCCUGUUCAGUGGCAGCUACUACCUGGGAGGAGUACCAGAGAACAAGAUGCCUGCCAAGUUGAAGGCUCUGUUCCCGAGGCAGGGCUCUCUGAAGGGCUGUUUCAGGAACGUCAAGGCCCUGAGCUCGCACAUCGACAUAAAGAGGAUGGUCAGCUCCGGGGUCAGUUUCGGCUGCGACAGUGACCUGCUGGUGGCUCGUGAGGCUCAUUUCAACGGUCAGAGCUACCUGGACAUGAGUCUGAGCAAGGUCUCCACCCUCAGGAACAACUUCUCUGCCAGCUUCAGCUUCAGAACCGAGCAGAAGGAGGGACUCAUGUUCUACCACCAAGAUCAGGACGGAGUGUGUCAGGUGCUUCUGCUCGACGGUCAUGUCGUGGUGAGAGCAGGAAACAGCCAGAUUAAGACACUGAAGACGUACAACGACGACAACAGCCACUACGUGUCCAUGUACAACGACAUCAACGGGAUGCGUCUGUACAUGGACGACGCGCCGGAGAAAGCAAAGGAGAGCAUCCUGCUGAACUCCAGGACGGGUACAGGCGUCACCGCAGAGGGAAGCACGUACCUGGGAGGAAUGCCCGACGCAAGAGUCGCCAACCUGACGGGAUGCAUCAGCAACGUUUUCAUCAAGAGUGACUCGAAACCUCAGGCGGUUUUGAACCUGCUGAAAUCCAAAGAGAACGUCAACGUUCCUCUGAGCUGUCCCGCCGCCAAAAAGCCUCAGCAGAUCGUCGCCGCUCAGCCCAAACCCAGCAGCAAACCCAAGAAACACAAGAAGCCGUCGGGGUCUCGCAGUCGUAACACCAGGGAGUCGUGUCAGGGCGAGCUGUCGGACCAGGAGGCCGGAGCGAUGCACUUCAGCGGCUCCACACACAGCUACCUGAGAUACGACUCUCUGCCCAGCUCGCUCAGCUCGGCGCCUCACAUCUCCAUGGCGGUCAGGAUCAACUCCUCGGACGGUUUGGUGCUGUACGCAGCCGGCGGCUCGCACGGCGGAGCGGUGAUGUCACUCAGCGUGACGGACGGACACCUGCUGCUUCUCCUGGACGGAGGAAAGAGGAAGACCAGCCUGCGCAGCCGCAAGAAGUACAACGACGAGCAGUGGCACACGGUGUUUGUAAAGCGCGAAGGAGAGAAGAUCAGUCUCAUCGUGGACGGGAUCAACUCUCAGUCCAAGAGAAUCCCCGGAGGACACCGGACACGUCUCACCGGACCUUUAUAUGUCGGAGGAGUCCCGGCAUCACUGACGGUCCCGGGUUCAGGUGGAUUCGUCGGUUGCGUCAGAGACCUGACGCUGAACGAAGCCCCUGCAGGAAACCCGUCUCACAGCCAGGGGGCGGUGCCGUGCUUCCAGAACCCUCUGCAGCCCGGGGCGUACUUCUCUGGACAGGGAGGACGCGUCACCAUCGAUGAGUCCUUGGUUCUGGGUCGGGAUCUGGAAAUCCAGUUGGAGGUUCGGCCCGUCUUGGACUCUGGGCUGCUGUUGCAUGCUGGGACGUCACCUGACCAGCACCUGAGUUUGUUUCUCAGCCAGGGAGAGGUGACCGUCUCAGUCAACAGCGGUAAAGGUCAGUUCUCGACCUCCUUCACUCCUGAAGAGCCUUUAUGUAACGGACGCUGGCACACGAUCAGAGUGGUGAAGAAGAACAACGUCCUGCAGCUGCACGUGGACGCAGCCAGCGAGCACAGCGUCGGCCCCAAACACAGCCGCUCCGCCGGGGCCAAGGAGAGCGUUUACCUGGGAGGAGUGCCCGGUGGCGUCACGGUUCCCGGUCUCCCCGUCGGCCUGCCUGCGUUCCACGGCUGCGUCCGAUCCACGACGAUCAACCACAGACCGCUCAUGUUGUCCAAACCGCUCGGCGUGCACGGAGCCGUGGGAACGCAGGGCUGCCCACACAUGUAGAACACACACACACACACACACACACACACACACAGUCUUAUCUCACAUUCCCCCGAAUCACUGGUGGUGGGCGUCAUGUUACUGUAGCUAAUUUAAAUCUAUAUUAUUAAUAUUUAUUUUCUGAAAAAAUGUAUAUUUUUUUUAUCUUCACGUUUGUCGGUUUGUUUUUGUGCUACGGAGAACGCACUGACGCAUCCGCCCGCGAUGGUGUAGAU